AUGACGAGUGCAACGAAAAAGCUGAUUGGAAUCUCCACCGCUGCUCUUGCUGGUGUUAUUGGAUUCAGCUUCACAGAUCCAAGCUGGACACAGCGACGAUUUGACCCAAAAAAGGCACCGCCACUUUGGAAGCAUGAGAACCCUUCACGUGCAGAGUGUGUGAACCAAUUAAAAACAUACAAUUCACCGGAAACUCCAAUGGAUGUACUCAUCGUUGGUGGUGGCUCCGUCGGUGCUGGUGUGGCCGUAGAUGCCGUUACACGUGGAUUAAGUGUUGGUCUUGUGGAAAUGAAUGAUUACGCAAGUGGAACCAGUAGUCGAAGUACAAAACUUAUUCAUGGUGGUAUUCGUUAUCUUGAGAAGGCAGUCUUUCAUCUGGAUCCACAACAACUGGGAUUGGUGGCAGAGGCAUUAAGAGAACGUACCAUUAUGAUUCAUCAAGCUCCACAUCUUUGUCAUGAUGUUCCUACUAUUAUUCCAUGUUAUAAUCCAUUGGAUAUUGUAAUGUAUUGGUGUGGUGUAAAGUUGUAUGAUUUAAUCGCUAUGUGGGAACGUGGUACAUUAAAGUAUGCUGGAUUUCUUACCCCUUACGCUACAAUGGAUAAAUUUCCAUUAUUAAAACACGAAAAUCAUAACAGAGAAGUAUUACUCGGUUCCGUACAGUACUACGAUGGACAAAUGGAUGAUGCUCGUUUAUGUCUUUCCCUGGCACUUACAGCUGCUAGUUAUGGAGCAGCUACAGCUAAUUAUAUAAAAGCAGAAAAAAUGGAUCUUGUACGUAAUAAAAUGGGAGAAGUAAUUGUAAAAACUACCCUUCAUGAUCGAAUGAAGAAGGAAGAUUUUUCAGUUUACAGUAAAACUGUUGUAAAUGCUGGUGGUCCAUUCAGUUCAGAGGUGCAAAAACUUAUAACAGAUAAAAACUCUAUUCGUAUGGCACCUAGUGCUGGUACACAUAUUAUUAUUGAUUCAAAGUAUUGUCCUAAAGAAAGUGCCAUGGUGGUCCCUUCUAAAGAUGGUCGUGUUGUAUUUGGUGUUUCUUGGUUGGGAGGUUGUCUACUUGGCACAACUGAUAAAAGCUGUGAGGUGAGUGAAGAUGUACGACCUUCAGAAGAAGAUGUGAAAUUUCUUCUUAAAAAUGUUGAGGAAUAUGUUGGCAAAGUCCCACGCGAGGAUGUACAAUCCGCCUGGUGUGGUAUUCGACCACUCGCCCUCCCAGAGAACUCCGCCACCGGCGGAACAGAGAAUAUUGUCCGUGAACACAUGGUCUCCGUAGACCCGCAGAACCGCAUGGUAAGUGUCACGGGCGGGAAGUGGACAACAUACCGCAAGAUCGCACAAGACACCGUCGACACUCUACGCGAUAAUUUAUUGCGCGAUGGAAAAAACACAACAGGUGCGAAAACUACUGAAACGAUGCGGCCGUGUGUGACGGAGGAGGUGCAGGUGGUCGGAGCACACAAUUUGGCGGCUGUUCCUUCUGAGCCCCCAAGUGAUAUUCCGCGAGAUGUGCACACCCACUGGCGCGCCAACUACGGCGAUCGCUAUUCCACGCUGCUGGAGAUGGUGCGGCGGGACCCAAAGUUGUUGAGGCGAUUACAUCCGUCCGAGCCGGUGGUGGAGGCGGAGGUGGUCUACGCCGUGGAGCGGGAACACUGCGAGCGGGUGCAGGACUUCAUUGCCCGCCGUACUCGAUUGUCUUUUCUCAACGUUCAGCAUGCAAAUGAUGUCAUUCCGGAGGUGGCACGUGUGAUGGCGGAGACGCACAACUGGAGCCGUGCAAAGAAGAAUGAGGAAACAGCCAAUGCAUUCGCUUCUCUGGAUUCGUUUCGCGCCAACUAG